GUGGAAUGCGUCAUUGCACUUGCAUAAAAUAUGAACGUUGGCGCUACUCCACACGACGAGGAGAGAAGUUGUUUUCAGACUGUCCAGAAUUUCACCCUUUUUUGCAGGUAUUCCGUGUGAGUUGCAGAUGGUCAGCGCAUGAACGAUGCCUCUGCUUCGGCGCCGAGAAUUCAAACCACUAAAACCUCCACCAGAUUUACAUCCAACUGAGGAGGUUUUCGUCUGCAGACUCACCAAUGAACUAUUCAGGGAUUACAAUGAGUUCUUCAAGCGGACGAUUCUUUGCAACAGUCUAGUAUGGAGUUGCAGCAUGACAGGCAAGCCUGGCCUGACGUACCAGGAGGCUAUAGAGAGUGAAGUCAAGGCUAAACGCUACCUGGCAAGUUUCCCUGUGUACUUAGAGGCACCCGUACUGUACCUUGUGACCCUCACCAAGAGAGGGCGCUUAGCUGACCUCUGCGAUGAUGUAUUUGUCUUCUCGAGGGAUCGCUACUUUAUUGGAGAGAUUGUGGAUGUGUCUCAUAAGGGGACAAGGGAAACAUGUCGAGUUGUGAGAGUUGUACCCCCGGUCGCCAAUGACGAGUUGGCGAACGGUGAGUCAAGCGACAACGACGAUGUCAUCCUCGUUGAUGACGACGGGCAGGAAGAAGUACUCAAGAUGGGCUCACCAAAAUCCAGGCCCCGUCCUCCACAGUGUCUAGACUCGAACGACUACAAGUACGUGGUAAUGUCUCUACAAGGCAACGGCACCUAUCAAGUGGAGUACAAGAACAUUGGGAGGAAAAAGGGUCUUUUCACACGUGAUAAGAACAAACUAUUCUUGAAGCAGCAUUGCGCCAUUGUCAACCAUGUCUGGUGUGUUAAGCGCGAGUACAAAGCCAAGUACAGUCUAAACAACAAGAGUUUCAAGGACUUCUACGGCGGGCCGCAGCCUCAAUUUGUCUUCUCACCCGGGAAGAGAACCUGGAAGUGCAGCACGGAGAUUGUGUCGUCGGAAGAUGAGGACGAUGAUCUGCCUCUCUGUGAAGUCAAGAAGAAGGCUCAAGCCAAGCAGUUCAGAGACGGCAAACCAAAGAAAGAGGGAUCUGAAAAACAACGACAGAGAUCUCCUCCGUCUGAGCCGAAGAAACCCAAGAUGACAAUGGAGGAGAGAGAAGCUAUCCGAGAGAGAAUCCGCCAAGAGAAGAUGAUGAUCAAGGAGCAACUCAUCCUAGAGAGAGCCCAGGCUAGGGAGACCCUUAGACUGCAGAGGCUGGGCGAGAAAGAGGCAAGAAAAGAACAGAUGAGGAAGAUCAUGGAGGAAGACCGUCUCAAGAAAAUGAAGGAACGUGAAGCCUUGCGAGAGGAAAAGCGCAUCCAAGACGAACACAUGAGGGAGUUUAAUCGUACAAGAGACGAUCUGGAAUGCGAUGACCUCAAGGAUCUUCCGUGGCCAACACCUGUGAAUAUGAAGCUACCUCAUGAGUUAUUUGGUGACAUGGUCAUGCUGAUGGAGUUCAUGUAUCACUUUAAGGACUACCUGGGUUUCAGUGAUGACUUCCCUGAUGGAAUCACGCUUGAGCAAUUGGAGGAGAGCUUGAUCAGUAAUAAGGUGGAAGGAUUAUUCUACGACCUCGUUAACAGUCUCCUGACGGCGAUCUUCAGGAUGCAGGAAGAGGAAGAAGAGGAUGAGAAGGUGGAUCUUAAGGAACAGGAACACGAUGCAACGUCAACUGAUUUGGCGGAAACUUUAGGUGACGAUGACCCAACCUAUGCAGCCAUGACAAAAGCAGCAACUUCAGCUAUGAUCUGGCCACAAAUACAUCAAGGUACACUUCUACGCCAGUUGCCCAUUGAUUCUACAACAAUCUCAGAAGUCUUGCGUCUUCAUUUCUUAUCGUCUGGUUCCCGUACCACAUCUGAGAACACCAAGUGGCGCUGGCAACAGAGGGGUGGCUUCAGUCCCCAUGAUGAUCCUGGGCUGGAGUUCCGUAUGCAAGACCCUGACAUCUUGAAGACAUUGACGACUGGAAACAUGUUUGAUCUGAGUCCUGCAUCCAAAAUGAAGAUCCUGACCUCUGUCUGUGGCCAGUUGCUGAGCUAUGUAACAAUGCGGGACAUUAUUGAAGAAAGCUUGGAGACAUUCCAGACCUCUCGUAAGGAGUGGAGAGAACUUGCAAGACUGGAGCUGAGAAGAGAGCGUGAAGAGGCAACAGCCAGAUGGAAGCGACGAUUGGAAGAGCGUGCUUUAGAGAGAGAUCAUGAUAGUCUCAGAAGAGAGAUGAGAGAACGGGAACGUGAAGCCCAGCUCCGACAAGACCAGCAGCGACAAGACCAGCAGUCUACAGAAAUGGAAGUCAUCAACCUGGACAGCAGCUCUGAAAAUGACGACGAUGAGGAGGUGAAAGUUAAAGACUCUGUGAAGAUCAACGAGCCGGUGGAUCUUACCGAUCUUGUCGCCAGGUUGGAGAGCCUGAAGCCGUUACCAACUCAAGAGGAACUGGAGAUGAGGCAGAAGAAGGAAGAGGAGGAGAGUGUCGCCAUCAAGGCGGAGUACACCAAGAAGAAUCGGGAGUAUCGCUUGGAGAUGGCCGAGGCAGCGUCGCGGUACAGCAUCGCGCCCCUUGGAGAAGACAGGAUCUACAGACGGUUCUGGUUGUUCAGCUCUGUGCCAGGAUUGUUUGUCGAGCGAGACAUGUUGUACCUCGCCGACAUGGACUUCAGCCCUGUUCCGCAGAAAGUGGACAUUAAGUUGUCGCCGUCUAAGACCAGCUUACCCGAGGUUCAGAUGGAUAUUAAAUCCGAAGGAGAUAAAGAACAAGAUACGUCGACGAGUAGUAACAAGGAGAACAUUGACAUGGAAGCUGUCAAUGGAGAAAUGGAAGUGGACGCUUCUCCACCCCAAGAGAAACUUGUGAAGGACCUCCUGAUGGAGAAUGGUGUGGUCAAGGAGGUCAAGCAGGAGGUCAAGCACCAAUUACCCGACCCAUGCAUGCAGCAAAGGGAAAACGUUAAAUGGGCCUACUACAGUACUCCUGAGGAACUUAACAGUCUACUAAACACACUCAAUCGCCGUGGCUUCCGUGAGAAAGCUCUGAAGGAGACGAUCCUCCACGAGAUGAUGCGGAUCGAGGAGUCCCUCAAGGACGUGCCCCUGGAGGCCCUUAAUAGCAUCGAGAAAGAUGAGGUUGAGGAGGUGGCCGAGACCACCAAACAGGGCGUGGCACGACAGGUGGUGGUCAAGAUGAACAGUGGCAAGAAGGGUCUUGUGUCGGAUAAGGCCAACGGGGAUGAGGCUUUGGAGUUACUUCUCAGGGAACAGUUAUUGGAUAUUGAAGAGAGGGUCUGGAACGGAAGCUUGGGUAUCAUCAAGGUUGAUAAGAGAGCCGACUGGAUCAGCGCCAUCGAGCAGGGAUCCUUUGACCGUCAGUGUAAAGAGAUCAGUUGGGGUCCGUUGUACGCUCGCUCCAUCCUGGAUGACAAAGACUUCCUCAACAUGUCAAUCUCCGAUCUACCCAAGCUGGAGGAGGGCACCACUGGGAAUAAAAAAAACAGGUUGGCGGAGCUACGGCGUGCAGAUGCUACAGGGUCACCGUCAUCGACUCGAUGCAGCACGCCUACCAACCCAUCCGAGAAUGUCGUCAGGGACUUGGCCUGUGCCUUACUCCAGGUGUCUCAGGGAAUUGAAGCCAAGUAUCUGAAAGCUCCACUGGGAGCGGAGGAUACCGGUCGAUAUGCAGCCAUCAGAAAGAGCAAGAGGAUGCAAGAGAAACUUGAAGGCAAAGAGGAGAGCGAGGAUGAGGAGGAAGCUGACAAGAAGCCCAGAAAGACGUGUCGUGAGUGUUGGGAGGAGUCCCUGAUGGCAGCCACCAGCCUUCCUCAGAUCUUCCUGCAUCUCUCCACGCUGGAGCGCUCCAUCAUCUGGUCCAAGUCCAUCCUGAAUGCACGAUGUCGUAUCUGUAGACGCAAGGGAGAUGCAGAGCAGAUGCUGCUAUGUGACGGGUGCGACAGAGGCCUUCAUAUGUACUGUCUCAAGCCCAAACUAAAGAAAGUACCUCAGGGUGAAUGGUACUGCAAAGACUGCAAGCCCAAGGAGAUUCACCGCAGUCCGAGGAAACAGCGGCGUAAUAUGAUGAAGAAAGAGGAGGUAGAAGAAGAGGAGGAGGAGGAGGAGGAGGAGGCAUCAUCCGAAGAAGAAGAAGAAGAAGAAGAUGAAGAGCAGGAGGCAGAUACCUCAUCUGAAGAAGAAGAAGAAGAAAGUGAGGAAGAGGAAGAGGAGGAUAGUGAUGCGGAGGACAGUGAGGAGGCGGCCAGCGAUGCUGAGAUGGAGAGUGACGACGAAGAUAUCGACCACAAUGAUACAUGUGGAUGGUGCAGACACGGGGGUGAUAUGGUACUGUGCCAUAGGUGCCCCUCUGCAUUCCACAUGGAGUGUCUGCAGCCGCCCCUGCAUAAAUUCCCCCGCCGGAAAUGGUUCUGUCCAACGUGCUCUAAGCAUUUGCCUAAUGGGGGUUAUGCAAGUGACGCCGACGCCCAUGAUGACACCUGUACUAAGUGUAGGCACGGCGGUGAGCUGAUCUGCUGCGACACGUGCCCCAAGGCUUUUCACAUGGAGUGCUGUAUACCAGUCAUGUCUCGUAUCCCUAAGGGACAGUGGAGCUGUGAAGUGUGUAAGAAAGGAACAACCAAGGGUGCUAAGAAAAAUCAAAGCUCAGGAAAAUCUAAGGCGAGUCCAGCAACAAAUAGUUCAAGCAAAAACUCCACCCCAAAGGGUUCAACAAGCUCCAAGAACGCGACCCCCAAAGGUGCCACGCCUAAAGAAGCCACACCCAAAGCAUCCACAUCUAAGAAUACCCCAAAGACCACACCCAAAGGGGGCAAAGCACAGGCCAAGUCAACCCCAGCGAGUGGUAAAGCCAAGGCGGGGUCAUCUCAGAAGACGACCCCGAAGGAAGGGCGGGGCAGCAGGAGACAGUCCUCCGACUCGCGGUCCUCAACUCCCGAUGUGGACGUCAAGAAGAUGAAGAUGAUAAAAGGGGUGAAGGUUGUCCUGACUGCUCUCAAUGGUGGUAGCAGGAAGCAGAGAUCAAGGAGCCAGUCUUUGGAUGAUGGUUCGGCAUCGGAAGAUUCGGGUCCUUCCUCCGUCUACCGGAGGGUGUCGUCCACUGGGCGUGGUAGUCAAGAGAUGAGACAAUUGACCCAUUGUGAGGAGCUUCUGAAGGAGAUGGUCAAACAUCCAGAAGCAAGACCCUUCCUCUCUGCAGUCAGCAAGAAGAAUGUGCCAGACUACUACAAGAUUAUCAAGCGGCCGAUGGACUUUGCCACGAUGCAGACAAAAGUCAACGCCGUGGAGUACCGCGGCGCCACCGAGUUCAUUGCAGACGUCCAGUUGAUUUUCACCAACUGUCAACAGUACAACCAGCCGUAUAGCGACACGUACAAGUCAGGGACCAAACUCAGGGCCUUCUUCGAGAAGAGACUUAAGGCGUUGGGGAUCAAUGUGGAUAGCGGGGAGGAUAAACAGGCGGGAGAAACCACGAACGAGAAAACGCAACCGCCUAAAAAGAAGGCAAGACGGAGAUGAGCGUUUUUCGGCUCUAAUUGAUUGAGUUUUGAAAGAAUAUGAGUUUAAUCGGUAGCCGGCAGUCUCUUCGUUUUAGACUUCAGGCCUGGAAUUACACGCGCAGGCCACAGAGACCAUUGCCUCUGUUGCCCCUGGUCUUUGCCUUGGUGC